AUGUCUCUCCGCAUCGUGCCCGUCGACGCACAUGCCGACUCCUUUAGCCAUGUCGCCUCCCGCGAACGGGGCGCCCCCUCUGCACCGGGUGUCCACGACCUGAUGCGCCAUGGUGUCGGCCCCAAGGUCGCGGCCCCCUCUGCCGACCUGUCAUCGAAAGCCGCUGCCACCGGCGCCGCCGCGCCGCAGCUCGACUCCGCCCACCCUCUCGAGGCCCGCCUGAAGCAGUGGGAGGUCACGCGCGAGAACAUGCGCAUGGAGAUGCUGCGGCGGACGUACGGCGUGGCUGAGCCGGUGCGCCGCGGGAUGGAGCUCAAGAUUACGCGCGACGGCGAGUGGCGCCCACUGGCGCUGGGCAGCGCGGGCCCAGGUAGCGCUCUGCUGCCGAGCGUGCACGAGGACAUUCUGCUGGGCCGGGACACGACGGUCGACUGGGAGGACAUUUACACGGGCGAGGAAUCGCGGGCGGUGCCGACAUUCCACGAGGAGAUGGAGCGGAAGCUACGGAUGUGA